CCUCUUUGUGUCAAGUCUGCUUUUGAUCGAUCCUGGGCGCGCCCAGAAGGUGACAGAAGUGGCCGCUUCCUUCCUUUCCAGACGCCUCUCCGGCCUUCUCAGCAUGCGUGUCGCGGCCUCCUCUGGCCGCUUUAUAGCACCCCAUCGCCACCUGGAUCGCCGAGCAGAGUGACCCAGAGUGACGAAGCGAUCGAGUGCCCAGCAGCUCGGCAGAAGCAAAUCCGUUUGUUCCGGCUGGGACAUGGCUCUAGCUCGCCUGUGCCUCAACAGGACCCUCGCCAGCCGCGCGCUGGCGCUGGCGAGGCCAGCGUACGCCGCUGCCCCGGCGGUGGACGUGAGCCUUCACUCCCUCUUCUCGACGUCGUCGGCGGCCGACUCUGACGCCGGAGGCCGGGAGGUCGCCGUGUCGGGUCAGUCCGCCCACGCACGCCGCGGCCGCCGCUGGGCGUGGCGAGACCUCCGCGACUUCACCCCGUUCCGCUUCGUCGACGGGCUCGGGAGCGCGCUAUCGCAGGUGGCGGAGACCCUCAGCCGGCCGCUGGAGCGGCUGGCGCCGUCGCGGCUGCUGUCGGGGAAGGUGCGGGAGGACGAGGCGCGGUACCGGCUGCGGUUCGAGGUGCCGGGGCUCGGGAAGGAGGACGUGCGCGUGGCGGUGGAGGACGGCGUUCUGGUGAUCGAGGGCGAGAAGCGGGAGCACGGCGAGGAUGGCGACGACGGCGAGUGGUGGUCGGCGAGCGGGUACCACGCCAGCCUGCUGCUCCCGGACGACGCGCGCGCCGAGGGGAUCACCGCGGAGGUGAAGGACGGCGUGCUCUACGUCACCGUGCCGCGCACCGGGGAGCGCAAGCGGAACGUCACCGAGGUGAAGGUCCAGUAGCCAGAAGUGGCGUCGUGUGGAAAGAAAAAGAAGAUCGUUUUAUCAGUUGGGGCAAAAAUAUCAGUGAAGGAUCCAAAGGUGGUUUUAGUGCUUUAUCAUGUAAAACAUUGCGAUGAACACUUGUUCCCCCGAUUUA